AAAAAUAAUCCCUGUUUCUUGGGCGACAGAACAACCUCGGCCAGUUGGCUUUCCCAGAAACCGCUUCACUUCGUACGAUCUCUUUCCCAGAACAACCUCGGCCAGUUUUAGUCCUACUCCUACUUGAUGAAGAGAUCGAGAGAAGAAGAAGAAGACAAGGGCAACCUUCUUCAUCUUCCUCAUACCAAGAGAAUAAGAGAAGAGCACAGUCUUAGCUCCAAAGGCUGUUCAUGGGUGAGAGGUUCAAUGAUUGGCAAAGGUGGUUUUGGGUCUGUGUUUCUGGCUUACAACAACAAACCCACUUCAAGCUUCAAAGAUUUUCCACCUGUUAUGGCUGUGAAAUCGGUGGAGGCCACUUCUUGCUCUGAGCUUGUUAAGGAGAAGAUUCUUCUGCAGAUUGUCAAGGAUUCUCCGUUCAUCAUCCGAUUUUAUGGCGAAGAUGUUACAGUGGGUUACAAGGGUAAAAUAAUUAUCAAUUUGUUCUUGGAGUAUGCUUCUGGAGGUUCACUGAUGGAUUUGAUUGAAAAAUCCAAAGCAUCCGAAGGAGUUGGGUUGGUUGAAUCUCAAGUGAAAAAUAUUACCGAAUCAAUUCUUAAAGGGAUUAAACGCAUUCAUGAAGCUGGUUAUGUGCAUUGUGAUUUGAAGCCGCAGAACAUUUUACUUGUCCCCCAAGAAAACUCCUCUACCACUCCUUUUGUGGCCAAGAUUGCAGAUUUUGGCCUUGCAAAGGCAGCUCAAGGGCUUACCAGGAGUUCCGAAGUGAAAGGAACUCUCAUGUACUUACCGCCUGAAGCAGUGAACUUUGGUAUCCAAGACCAACCCUCUGACGUUUGGGCUCUUGGUUGUAUUGUGCUAUGUAUGUUGACUGGAAAAAAUUAUCCAUGGGAUUUGAAAUCUUGGGAAGGAAAUCGCGAGCUUAAGCAGAAGAUUUCAGAGGAUUGUCCUGAAAUUCCAAAUGGGUUAUCUAAAAAGGCUGAGGAUUUCUUGAAGCAAUGCUUUAUGAGGAGUCCAUAUGAUAGACCCACUGCUGAUAUGUUGCUGAGCCAUCCAUUUAUUUGUUCUGGAUUGGGCAAAGGAGAUGAUGAAGAUAAAGAAGAGCUAAUGUCUGUCCAUUCAGUACAGGCUUCAUCUUGCAAAUUGUCCGAGCCUCAUGAUGAAUUCAGAGCUAGCUUUAUACCUCUUCUAAACUCAAGCUUUGGAGAAACAGAGGAGGUUCAAGGGAAGAUAACACCUGUAAUCUCAGACAGGCUAUCAAGUUCUGCCGUCUGUAGUGCAGCAUAGAUUUAUGUUAUGUAUAUAGAUUUAUGUACGUAUAUGUGCAGACAAACGAUUAAUGUAUAACCUUUUUGAUCUAUGAUUCAUAAAUUCUUUUUUAAUGUAUAUACUUUUUGAUCU